CCUCUCUCAACUACAAACUCAAUCGGUGAAAGGAAGCUCAAAGGCAAAAAGAAAAAAUGGAGGAGGUAAUGGCAGUAGAAUGGUCCUCUGAGAACGGCGUGUCGACCUUUGACGAUGGCACACACAGCCACUGCAUCGCGAAGACGGAGGACAGAGGUGGAGACGAGAGCAAGAGGUUUUACUUGGCUCGCACGACAGCUCUCGAGAUGCUCCGCGACAGAGGCUACCAAGUUUCAGACGCCGAACUCUCCCUCUCUCUCUCAGAGUUUCGAUCUGGUUUUGGAGAGAAGCCAGACCUUGAACGCCUCCGUAUCUGCGUGCCUCUCCUCUCAAACCCCAUGAAAAAGAUUCUUGUUGUGUUCAUGGGGUUUGAACCAGUCACUGUGAAAUCAGUCCGUGCUAUUCACAGUCAGGUUUCCGGCACUGUGGGCUUGCAUGGGCUGAUUCUAGUUUUACAGGGCAAAAUGAACCACUUUGCUCGGAAGGAACUGGCAACCUUUCCUUGUACUGUUGAAACUUUCCCGAUAGGAGAUUUGUUGGUCAACAUCACAAAGCACACUGGACAGCCAAAGAUUGAGGUUUUAACCAAAGAGGAGAAAGAGAAGUUGAUGAGUGAGCAUGCGCUUGAGGACAAACAGCUUCCCUCUUUGAAGGAGAAGGACAGUUUCGUGAGAUACCAUGGGUUGAAGAAGGGCCAGGUGGUGAAGAUUACAUACAGCAAAGAGCCUGUUGGGUAUUUCGUCACUUACCGCUGCAUCUUCUGAAGAUGAUGCAAACUCACUGCAGCUUGAGAUAUUUUUAGUUAUGGAAAUAGACUGUUUCUUAAGACCAGACUACUUUGGUUUCAAUUGUAAUAAGAGCUUGAACUUGGUUUCAAAGGAGGAAAAACUAGAGUAAACAAACAAAAAGUUUUUCGAAA